AUGGAUUGUUGCAAUUACAUGCAGUACAGGCACCACCAGCCUUACUACGGGUCCCAGUACUACCACGAGCCCCUGCCACCGUACCAUGGGGAGUUCUAUGGGCAGCACGUGUACCACGACUAUUAUGGGAACACCCCCUAUUAUCCACCGCAACAUUGGCAGCCUGCCGGCACUUUCGCAACUCCAGAUUACGUGUACAAUCCCAAGGAAGCGCGGAUACGGAAAGCCAUGCGGGAGGCCACCAGGGACCGUUCGAUAGGGGCUUCCCCGAUGCUGCCUAGGCCGAGCGCGCGCAGGGCCGCAUCUCAAGGGUGGACGGCGGCGCACGAGGAGCAGCUCAUGAUGUCACCCAUGGCAGCGGGCAUGCGCGGGGCCCUGGAUUCUCCCGUGUGUUUCCCGAUUUCUAGCGGAACCGGAAGCAACCAAUUUAUGCCACCGAUGAGCGCCGGCUACAGCAAACUGGAGUCACCCUUGCCGCCUCCAACCGGCUCGGUGCAUACCAACUACAUGCAGCCGAAUCCGCUCGCUCAAUUGCAGCAGCAGACAGAGAUGUGGCACAACUUUCAGGACGACAUGAGGCCCAGGUCUUCAGGAAACCAUUACAUGCUUCAAGAGGUCCCGCCGCCUUUCCAGCACCAGCCGUCUCCACCCCUCAGCAUACCCAGUCCGAUGAUGAUGGACAAGCACCGGCAAACUCCGCAUGCACUCCACCCGGUGAACGGCACGGUAUUGCCGAUGACGCCGCCGCUCUCCAAUAUCUCCAUGACGCCCCCGCAUUCCAACGAGAACGUCCCACCGGACGAGGCCCUCCAUACGCACCAGGUGUGCAAGCCUGUCGGUGGAGGGGAAGAGAUCUUCGAGUCGAAACAUAUAAUUGACCCGGUGCAACCGCUCAUGGAGAACAACAUGCAGCAGAACGAGGGGUUCAUGCCAGUUUACGAGCAGAAUAUGGUGGCCCAGCCGCAGUUUGAGAAGGUGGAGGAUGUAAAGAUGAAGAAGGUAGGAUUUUCUGAGAUUUAGAAGGUAUUUCAGAAAAUAAUAGUAAAUUUUAUAU